CUGAUUGGUGCAAAUGUAAUGGCUGAAAUUGAUUGCUGAAAUGCAAAACUUGUUGCUGCUUCUCCGGGCUCUGGGCGAGAGGCAGACACAGAGAGGGGAGCCGAGACCCUCGGAACGCCCCACGCAGAGCCCCCCCGCCAGCCAGGAGAGGGGUGCGCGGACCCCCCAGAGCUGCCCCCGCCUCCCUCCCAUUCCGGGUUCCGAGAGCGCAGCCGGAAAGCCUUAGCCUGCUAGCCCAGCGUGGCCCCCAACCAGCGUACGCCCCCCUCCCUGGGUCCGAGGGCGACUUGCGAAGCACCUUGGCGGGGAGGCAGGGAACCCUAGCCUUGGAGCGACCCAACCCCUCGUUUUGCUGCCCGCCCGCGCCUGGAACGGGGCGCGGAGAUCCCUGCGAACUCAGAGACCUAACAGCGGAGGACAGAAGCGUCAGGCGGCGGACGUGGCCGCGAAGCGGCGCGCCGGGGUGCAGCGCACCCGCCGCGGAACAGGGGAGCCGCGCCUUCCACCAACCCUCGGUUUCAACCCCGGGCACCCGCCUCCUCCUCAGCCCCGCUGAGCUCUCGGCUCUGGGACCGGCACCGGUGAUGCAGAGCGGAGCCUCCAGUCCUCCGACUCCCUGAAGAAGCAGUAGCCGCUUGCUCGGGCCGACGGGGACUGUGCGAGCGGAUCCUGCUUGGCUGAGGCUCGGGCUGCGGAGCGCGGGGACUCCGGGGGGAGGGGGGAGGGACCGCUCGGUCUUUGCCCCGGCGCCAGCCACGGCUUUGAAGGGUCUCUCUGCUUGGCCCCUUAGCAACUCCGCCACGGACUCCGGGAGGCUUCAGGCAGCGUCCAGGGGCUCCCCACCCAAACCGAUCGGACUUAAGAAGGUGAUUGCUCUGCUUUCCCUCCCUCCUUCCCGACUCCUUCCCCCCACUUAACUUUUUGUCUUCAGUCACCCGCAGCUCCGUCCCCUCCCCGCAAACCCACCCGCGGCCGUGCUAACGUCCCAGGGCAUGGGCCCCCCAACACGGCUCCUGGAGGCCCCGCGGCGCCGCAAGAUGUGAGAGGCCCGCGUCGGGCAGAGCGAGAGCUUCGGGAGAGGAGCUGAUAACCCCCAGCCGUCACAAGCCGGGCGAGGUGGCGGUGCGCGCUGCGUCCCUGCGCUGCUGAGCGUCCCGGAGCGCCCAACCCAGGGCCGGAACGAGUAGCUGGCCGGAGGCGCGCCGCGGAGAUCAGGCUGUCAUGCCCUAUUGAUCUCCCCGCCCCCCGCCAAGUAUGUUUGGGCUGGACCAAUUCGAGCCCCAGAUCAACAGCAGGAACGCUGGCCAGGGCGAGAGGAACUUUAACGAGGCCGGACUAAGCAUGAACGCCCACUUUAAGGCCCCGGCUUUCCACGCGGGGGGACCCCCUGGCCCCGUGGACCCUGCCAUGAGCGGGCUGGGCGAAUCCCCGAUCUUGGGCAUGAACAUGGAGCCUUAUGGCUUUCACGCGCGCGGCCACUCGGAGUUGCACGCGGGGGGGCUGCAGGCGCAGCCGGUGCACGGAUUCUUUGGAGGCCAACAGCCGCACCACGGCCACCCGGGAGGCCACCACCCCCACCAGCAUCACCCCCACUUCGGGGGCAACUUCGGCGGGUCGGAUCCUGGGGCCUCGUGCCUGCACGGGGGUCGUCUGCUCGGCUACGGCGGCGCGGCCGGCGGCCUGGGCAGCCAGCCGCCCUUCGCCGAGGGUUAUGAUCACCUGGCGGAGAGCCAGGGGCCGGAGAGCUUCGGCCCGCAGCGACCUGGGAACCUCCCGGACUUCCACAGUUCGGGCGCCUCAGGCCACGCCGUGCCUGCCCCAUGCUUGCCGCUGGACCAGAGCCCUAACCGAGCCGCCUCCUUCCAUGGCCUGCCCGCCUCCAGUGGCUCCGAUUCCCACAGUCUGGAGCCCCGGAGGGUGGCGAACCAAGGAGCCGUCGACUCGCUGGAAUACAAUUACCCGGGCGAGCCGCCCUCGGGACAUUUCGACAUGUUUUCCCCCUCUGAUUCUGAGGGGCAGCUGCCUCAUUAUGCAGCGGGUCGUCAGGUUCCCGGGGGCUCUUUCCCGGGUGCCUCGGCCAUGCCUAGAGCUGCAGGCAUGGUGGGCUUGUCCAAAAUGCACGCCCAGCAGCAGCAACAGCAGCAGCAGCAGCACGGAGUGUUCUUCGAGAGGUUCGGCGGGACCCGCAAGAUGCCCGUGGGUCUGGAGCCUGCAGUAGGCUCCAGGCACCCGUUAAUGCAGCCUCCCCAGCAGGCCCCGCCGCCGCCUCCGCAGCAGCCCCCGCAGCAGCCGCCGCCGCCGCCUCCGCAGCAGCAACAGCCGCCGCCGCCGCCGCCGCCGCCGCCUGGGCUUCUGGUCCGGCAAAAUUCGUGUCCGCCUGCGCUCCCGCGUCCCCAGCAGGGCGAGGCGGGCACGCCCAGCGGCGGCCUGCAGGACGGGGGCCCCAUGCUGCCCAGCCAACACGCGCAGUUCGAGUACCCCAUCCACCGGCUGGAGAACCGGAGCAUGCACCCUUAUUCUGAGCCUGUAUUCAACAUGCAGCACCCUCCUCCGCAGCAGACGCCCAACCAGCGGCUGCAGCAUUUCGACGCACCCCCCUACAUGAAUGUGGCCAAGAGGCCGCGCUUUGACUUCCCGGGCAGCGCGGGAGUGGAUCGCUGCGCUUCGUGGAACGGCAGCAUGCACAACGGCGCUCUGGACAACCACCUCUCGCCCUCAGCCUAUUCCGGCCUACCCGGCGAGUUCACGCCGCCUGUGCCCGACAGCUUCCCCUCGGGGCCACCCCUGCAGCAUCCGGCCCCGGACCACCAGUCCCUGCAGCAGCAGCAGCAGCAGCAGCAACAGCAGCAGCAGCAGCAGCAGCAGCAACAGCAGCAGCAACGCCAAAACGCGGCCCUCAUGAUCAAGCAGAUGGCGUCGCGGAAUCAGCAGCAACGGCUGCGCCAGCCCAACCUGGCCCAGCUAGGCCACCCCGGGGACGUGGGCCAGGGCGGCCUGGUGCACAGCGGCCCAGUGGGCGGCUUGGCCCAGCCGAACUUUGAGCGCGAAAGCGGCGGCGCGGGCGCCGGGCGCCUGGGCACGUUCGAGCAGCAGGCUCAGCACUUGGCGCAGGAGAGUGCAUGGUUCCCAGGUCCGCACCCGCCGCCGGGUGACUUGCUGCCCCGCAGGAUGGGAGGUUCAGGCCUGCCCGCUGACUGCGGCCCGCACGACCCCGGACUGGCGCCGCCCCCUCCGCCCGGUGGCUCGGGGGUGCUGUUCCGGGGCUCUCUGCAGGAGCCGCUGAGGAUGCCCGGAGAGGGCCACGUGCCCGCGCUGCCGUCCCCUGGCCUGCAGUUCGGGGGCAGCCUGGCCAGCCUGGGGCAGCUGCAGUCGCCCGGGGCUGGGGUGGGGCUGCCCAGCGCUCCCUCCGAGCGCCGGCCCCAGCCGCCCGAUUUCACAGCGCCAGCGCUCGGGGGCCAGCCUGGCUUCCCGUUCGGCGCAGCGAACCGGCAGGCCACGACGCACAGCGGCCCAGGCGUGAACUCGCCCCCGAGCGCGGGCGGGGGCGGCGGCAGCACGGGCGGCGGCGGCGGCGGCGGCGGGGGCGCAUACCCGCAGCAGCCUGAUUUCCAGCCCAGCCAGCGCACCUCGGCCAGUAAGCUGGGCGCGCUCUCGCUGGGCUCCUUCAACAAGCCCAGCUCCAAGGACAACCUGUUCGGCCAGAGUUGCCUGGCUGCACUCUCCACAGCCUGCCAGAACAUGAUCGCCAGCCUUGGAGCCCCCAACCUCAACGUUACCUUCAACAAGAAGAACCCGCCCGAGGGCAAGAGGAAACUGAGCCAGAACGAGACCGACGGCGCGGCCAUGGCCAGCAACCCGGGCUCGGAUUACUUCCCAGGAGGGACUGCUCCUGGGGCCGCAGGGCCCGGAGGCCAGUCGGGGACCAGUAGCAGCGGCUCCAAAGCCUCUGGGCCGCCCAAUCCGCCCGCCCAGGGAGAUGGCACCAGCCUCUCCCCCAACUACACCCUGGAAUCAACGUCGGGGAACGACGGCAAGCCGGUUCCCGGGGGCGGCGGCCGGGGACGGGGUCGCAGAAAAAGGGACAGUGGUCACGUGAGCCCCGGGACCUUCUUCGACAAGUACUCGGCAGCGCCGGACAGCGGGGGCGCGCCUGGAGUGAGCCCAGGGCAACAGCAGGCGCCAGGCGCAGCCGUCGGGGGAAGCUCCACAGGCGAGGCGCGCGGGGCGCCUACGCCUCAUGAGAAGGCGCUCACGUCGCCUUCGUGGGGGAAGGGGGCCGAGUUGCUCCUGGGGGACCAGCCGGACCUCAUGGCGUCCCUGGACGGUGGGGCAAAGUCGGACGGUAGUUCCCCGCACGCGGGCGAGUUCGCCUCGGACGAGGUGAGCACGAGCUACGCCAACGAGGACGAGGUGUCAUCCAGCUCCGACAACCCCCCAGCCCUGGCCAAAGCGAGUAGGAGCCCUCUGGUGACAGGCUCGCCCAAACUCCCUCCCCGCGGGUUGGGCGCCGGGGAACAUGGACCGAAGGCGCCCCCAGCCCCGCUUGGCCUGGGCAUCUUGUCUACCUCUACCUCCACCCCCGACAGCUACGGCGGCGGGGGCACGGGCCAUCCCGGCACGCCGGGCCUGGAGCAGGUCCGGACCCCAACGAGCAGCAGCGGCGCACCGCCGCCUGACGAGAUCCACCCCCUGGAGAUCCUCCAGGCACAGAUCCAGCUGCAGAGGCAGCAGUUCAGCAUCUCUGAGGACCAGCCCCUGGGGCUCAAAGGUGGCAAGAAGGGUGAGUGUGCUGUGGGGGCUUCUGGUGCGCAGAAUGGUGACAGCGAGCUGGGCAGCUGCUGCUCCGAGGCCGUCAAGAGCGCCAUGAGCACCAUCGAUCUGGACUCGCUGAUGGCAGAGCACAGCGCCACCUGGUACCUGCCGGCCGACAAGGCUUUGGUGGACGGCGCAGACGAGGACAAGACGCUGGCACCCUGGGAGAAGGCCAAACCCCAGAACCCCAACAGCAAAGAAGCCCACGACCUCCCUCCGAACAAGGCCUCGGCAACCCAGCCCGGCAGCCACUUGCAGUGCCUGUCUGUCCACUGCACAGACGACGUGGGCGAUGCCAAGGCCCGAGCCUCCGUGCCCACCUGGCGGUCCCUGCACUCUGACAUUUCCAACAGAUUCGGGACAUUCGUGGCCGCCCUAACUUGAAUUGACAAGAAAUACCCCCUCCCCAACCAGGCCCUUCGCUCCCCCUUUUCUCUCCUCUCCCCCCUCCACCUGACCCCACCCCUACCUGCCCUGUUAAUUUGAAAGGGCCACUAUUGCUGAGUGGAUGAUUUUUUUUCUAGGUUGGUACCUGCUUAGUGGCAUAUGGACUGGAAAGGGUUAAUUUAAAGGGAAAAAAAAAAAAACCUCAAAAAAUUUUUUUAAAAAAGAAAUUUGUCUGCCACGGUAUGUUACCAGUGUUAACCCUUCUGCAGUUAGCAAACUUUUGCUGAAGCCUUUUUCCUGCUAGAUAAUUCCCAUUUUUCUGUAAUCUUGGCAUACGUUUUUUAGAUGACCUCUUUCCUUGUUUUAUUUUCGUGCUGCUGUAUGUCCAAGUAUUGUUAUUUCAUAAUAAGACAAGAGUUGCUUUCCUUUUUUAUUCUCUUUUAGUCUUGUUCCUCCCCACCUCCCUCCCCACUGCCUGUUUUGUUUUUUUUUUUCCUUUUUGCUUUGUUCACUGCUUAUUAAAAUGGAAAUCCUGGAGAUUAGUAGUUCUGGAAUAUUGCCGGGUGAGAGUCAAAUUGUCAUCACAAUAUUAUAUAUUGACACCCAACUGUCAUCAGUCAGGCUGGAGCCAAACAAUUAAUGCCCCCCUUAGGUAUUCCGCCUGGGAUUUUGUUUUGUCUGUUCCCUAAGAAAAUAGAGAGAUAUAUUUUCGUUCCCACAAACACACCCUCAGCCUUCAGCUCCGUUCUCUCUUCUGCUGGAAGCUGCCUUUCACUGCCAUGGAGGUGAUGACGUAUCCAGUCCGCUCUGUGGGAAGGAGCCGGAAUGUUCAACAGUGGUGUUUUCUCUCCUUUUCUGGGCCUCUGUACAAACGCCCAGGCUCUGAAUUUUCACGCUGUGCCGAGCAGCCCUCGUCCGCGUGGGGAUGGUGCCUGUCCAGCUUGCAGAGCCUCUAGAGGCUGCAGGCUCCCGGCUCUGCUACGGCCAGUUCAGCUGGGUCUUGGGUGCUGGAGUUGAGGAUCAAUUCUUAGCCCCGACCUUUCCUGACAUCUGUUCCCAGCCAGGCAUUGGGGGAAGAAGGAACAGGACUGGGUUAUCUCCCCCACUUCUCCCGUUCCAUCUCCAACCUGGGCAGCCCCCCAUCCCUGGGAAGGACCAGGCUUUCGCCGGCACUUUUCGAGGGGCUUGUUGAGUGAAGGAGCCCCCAGGCUCUGCCUACCAAGCCCCCCUCCUCCAAGCCUGUGUGUAUUCUCUGCAGGGGUUUGCAGACUCCUGAGGGCUAGAGGAGGGAGAAAGGAACCGGAACUAGUGACUUUGAUUCUUGGGCCUUUUUUUAAACCCAGGAAUCCUCCCUCCCCCUUUUUAUUUAAUCUCAGCCUGUUGCAAAACCAGGGCCACGUCCUGUGCAUCUCAUGAAGGAAUAACUUCUUUGAGCAGAGGUGAGGGAGCAGCUGGGUGAGCAGGGCAGCAGAAAGCAGGGCUCCUGGACCCAGCUGAGGCCUGUCACCUGGUCCUCCCAGGGCGGUGGUCAGUGGAGGCCCAGUGUUGGCGGGGGGGGGGGGGGCACCUUUGGGUGCUGUUGAUGACUCCCAAGGGCUUGUGUGACUCAUGGGGGUGGUGGGAGGCACCCAGAUUCCAGGGUGGGCCAGACAAGAAGUGACUGAUAUCACUUCACCCAAAUCAGUAACUCUUGUAGUCGAUUUCAGUUUCUGUGAACAAGCAUCUUGCUAAAUGUGGCAUUUUGAGCCUUGCGCCCCCUCCAUCCUCCCCCCGCCCCACGUCCCCAGAGUUUGCAGACCCGGCUUUUUUUAGCAAGUGACCUGAAGGCUUUGGGCUCACCGUACAACACUCACUUUGUUUAUUUCAAAGAACUUUUCAGCAAAGGGAGAAGAGCGUACAGAAAAAUCUGUCUCUUUCCAUUCCCCACUCCUGUCUUUCCUUGGGCUGGCUUUUUUGGCUCGGGUCUGAGUCUGGACGGUCCGAGGUUCUUACACCGGCAGUCUGACCAGGGUUGACCCCGGCCCCCACAGAGGGCAGGCAGAAACAGGUGGUGUGAACUGAUCAGUGAGAAGAAAGUGGGAGCUGACUCAGCCCCGGGUUCUGCCACCAAAGGAGAGGAAAGGUGAGGAAAAGCACCCCCCCACCCCGCCGCCACGGGCUGCAGGAGAGCCAGCCAUAGUCUGAGCGAAACUCCACGACCCCUCUGAUUCCACAACGUACAGCUGUUGGAGAGCUUCAUCCUUUUAUUUCUUAAACAGGCAUGAUUUCUCCUUAAUUGCUUAAGGCCGGGGAGCCAAGUGUCUUGACUUCUGUCUUUGACUUGCCCUGUGUUGAGUCCAUCAGCACAUGGCCAUCGUCUCAUGGUCCUAGCAACCUCGGAAACCCCUGAAGUUUUAAACUUUCUCGCUCCCCACGACCCCAGAAUUGAACAGCUUUAAAAAUAGCCUUAAGCAAAAGGAUGUUAUUUCAUUAAAUUUGGUUUAAUGGAAAGAAUAAAAGCAGAUUAAAAACACACCCAACCCACGAGACUCCACAAACACUGGUAAUCGGUACUGCAUAGCAAAACUCUUCGGGAAAGAAUAUGAAAACGUUAUUGCACAUGUAAAAUAUGAAAACUUAACUCUGCUGUGUGUUAGGCAAUCCUGUAAUCUUUUUGACUCUUAAAAGAAAUUCAUUUCUGAAAUGCUUGGUUGGAAGACUGUGACAAUAGCUCAUGAAAUUGAGUGUUAUUUUUUUCUUUCUUUUUUAAAAAAAAUAUGUAAAGUGCAGUCUUCUGUAUUCAUGCAUAUUGUAUAUACCUGUAUAUGUUUUCCUGAGCAGCUAAAUAACAAUAAAUAUGACGUCAAUGGUGA